CAUCGUUUGACAUUCUCCCAAUUGGAAGAAUGCAUAUUUUUCGCUUUUGUUCGCCACUUUCAGCAAAUUUCUCAAUUUAUGUGUGUGUUGUGUGGAAAAUCGACAUCGGAUGCAAAAUUUUUCGAAGCGAUUUUCAUACGAAUUUCGUGGCUGCUGUGAAAUACUCCAUAAGUCGAUAAGUGUUUUAAAAAGCGAAUAAGAAAAGUGGUGUGACGGGCAUAAAACAUUUAAAUUGGUUUACUUUAAACUGAGCACACAGCGCUCUGGUGAUUGGGAAUUUUUUGAGAAUUUGCAUCUUCCUCUGAACUUUAGCAUAGUUACAUAUUUAAAGACACCAAAAAAAAAACACCAAGAAAGAGCAGUAAUAAUAGUUGUUGAAGCGGUGGAGCAGCUGAAGCAGCACCAGCCGCAAAGGCAGGAACGACUUUUAUAUAAACGGCAGCGAUCAAGGAUUAUGGAUCACAAGAAAUCUCCAGUAAGAAGACAGAAGCGACAAUCGAAAGCGAUCGAGGAAAAUUUCUGGGACUGCAGCGUCUGUACGUACAGAAAUACAGCUGAGGCAUUUAAAUGCCGAAUGUGCGACGUGCGGAAAGGAACUUCCACACGCAAGCCACGCCUAAAUUCAGCACUCGUCGCCCAACAAGCUGCCACCUUGCCCGGAGCAUCAGGGACCAUGCCCAACGGAACCAAAUCUGCAUCGGGUUCGCGGCACAGCGCCGGACACGAAAAGAAUAAACACAAAAAGUACCCAGCCCGUUUGAAGAACGUGGACCGCUCGACGGCACAAACGCGUGAAGUCACCGUCAAUUCGGUGACAGUGUUCAUUACCGAAUAUAAACCCAAGCCAGUGGGCAGUCGACGCGAGUCCAGUGAGCAGAGUUUUAGCGAAAGCAAUGAUUCGCGGAGUUAAAUUCACUUAGCUAUCACCGAGAAUAGGCAACAAUUGAAUUCAAAUAGCAAAAAAGAUAUUAUCAUCGUAUUUUAUUAGAUAAGUUUAUAAGAGAAUUGACACUGUAACUAGGCAAAAAACACGAUUUUAGCUAACCAAGGCCACGACGAAUAUAUAAAAUGUAAUAUUUGCAUUUGCGAGUAGUUUUUUGUAAACGCGUUUGUUUGCAUAUGACUGUUGCUGGGCACAACCACAACCACUAUUGGAACGUGCCGUCAAGUCGGAGUAUUGCAUUAUUUGUUGGAACAUUUUUGUACAUCAACGAAUUUGAGUUUUGGUAUUGAAGCAUAUGAAAACAAAAAGAACAACAAACAAAACAAUUAUGAUGUGGCACGGACUCAUAAAAGGGGACUUGUGCUCCUCCUAAAAAGUGCAUCAAAUAUAUACUGUGCUGCAACACUGCCUUCAGUUCACGGACUAGAUGUAAUAGCCAGGGCAUUUCACUUAGAAACAACUUUAAAUGGCAUAGAAAAUAGUAAAGUAGCAAAUAAGUACACCGAACAAAAACCGUAAAUGAUAAAAAUGAUAACCUAAAGCAACCGCGUCUUAAACAUAAAAAAGUAAAAAAGAGAAAAAAAAAAUAAGUGACCAGCAGCAACACCCGAAACAAUAAACGGCUCAUAACUGGCAAAUCCCUAUGACCACGCCGCAGCACUCCGCAUACGAAUGAACAGCAUCCAACCUAUUAUAUGUUUGAGGUUUCACGUGUUAAGCAUGAAAUAUUUUAUUGGAAAUCAGCUAACAUAUUUUGUUAGUACUAUUUUUAUGUAACUUAAUGGCUUAUCGUAAAGUUAUACAAACCUUAACAGAAAAAAAAAACAAAAACGAAAAAACUUCCUGUAAGAAAAACAUUUAUUCCACAUACUUUAGUUUAUUUUGUAUUUAGUUCAUAAGUGUAUAAAAUGUUUCUGUAAAUUUCAUGUACAAGUACAACAACUAUCAAUUAUUGUAUUUAAUAUUAAGUUGUUAAAGCAAAACUAAAUAGUUAUCAUAGUCCCUGUGCAUAUUUGUAAAGCUAUUGUAAAUAAUGUAAGCGUAUUUUAGUUUUAUUCUACAUGAAGUCGACAAAGUCCUAAUUGGUGUUGAAAAUGUAAACUCAUUUAACUACUUACAAAUGUGCAAAAAGCUGAGAAACUUCAGUACUUUUUAUUGUAGGAAACAUUUUUUUUUAAACGCGUGCAAUUGAACGCUUCAAAUUAUAUAAAAAUUGCCAUGACUUUCGAAUCUACUAAACGGCUAAUGACUGUUACUUCAGCAGCAUUACCCAAACACUUUUCGGUAAAACCAACAAAACAACAAAAACUAAGUUGAAAAAUAAUCAGCAAAAAUGGCAUUGAAAAAUAGUUAGCAAAACUAUUUUUUAAUUUGAAUGAAAGUUUUUUAUUCGAAACUCAAACAUUUACUUAAAAAUAAUCAGCAUAAAUAUUUUCGAAUAUGAAAGAGUACCAAAAAUAUUUUUGAAUAUGAAUGAAAUUUUUUUUAUUUGAAAUUCCUAAAUUUAAUAAAAAAUAAUCAGCAAA